AUGGGUUUUCCACCAUGUCAACUAGGUAGCGACAAUGACAAACGAGAGGCAGGGAUUGAAUCUCUAUCUGAAGCCAAGCAAAUCAGUUUUAGCAUCAAUCUUAUUCAUCGUGAUUCGCAACUAUCCCCCCUUUAUAACCAAUCUCUCACUCCGAUUGAGCACUUGAGAAAAGCCGUUAUGCGUUCCUUCAGUCGAGUCAACCUCUUCUAUCAAUAUUUGCGUACAAGCGAAAAAGAAAUUUCCUCUGUGAUGAUUCCAAAUGAAGGUGAUUAUCUCAUGAAAUUAUAUAUUGGUACCCCACCGUCUAAAUUCAUUGCUAUUGCAGACACAGGAAGUAACCUUAUGUGGAUAAGAUGCCAUCCUUAUGCAAAAAAAUUCCGUCCACAUACAUCAAUCUUUGAUCCAAAAACAUCCUCAUCCUACAGAGAAAUUGAUUACGACACAAUUUUUUGCAAGGAUCUCGACAUAAAGGAGCGUGGGGGCUCAAACGAGUGCAAGUACUCUUAUAGGUACGGAGAAGGAUCAUAUACUAAUGGAAUUCUGAGCAGUGAGACCUUCACUGUAAAUACAACAAGUGGUGGAUCAAUUUCUUUCCUUGAAUCAAUAUUCGGAUGUAGUAAAAUAUAUCAUGGAUUUGAUAGUAAUUUACAAGGUAUUGUUGGCCUUGGACCUGGGCCAUUGUCAUUGGUUUCUCAACUUGGGAUUGAAAUUGAGCACAAAUUCUCCUAUUGCUUGCUUCGCUGGAAUGAGACCACUUCUAGUAGUAAGCUUAGAUUCGGAUCAGAAGCAAAGAUCUCUACGGAUGGAGUAGUUUCAACUAAACUUGUACCCAUGAAUCAUCCCCAUUUCUAUCACCUUACUCUUGAAGGUGUCAGCAUUAGAAAUAACAGAACAAAGACACAUGAAAGUCUGGGUAAUAUCAUAAUAGAUUCUGGAACGACCUUUACAAUGUUGCCAUCAAACAUGUACAAUGAUUUGGAAGUUAUUGUUAAAAUGGUAAUUGGGAUGAGUCCAGUAUCAGAUCCGAGUGAACAAUUCAACUUGUGCUUUGAAGAGGAAUCCAUGGAAAAUAUCAGUCUCCCAGAUAUGGUGUUCCAUUUUACAGGGGCAGACCUCCGUUUACAACCUAUAAACACAUUUACAAGUGAUUAUAAUGGGUUGGUUUGUAUGAUGAUCUUCCCGAAUAAUGAUCUUCCAAUUUUUGGGAACGUAGCGCAAGUAAACUUUCAGGUGGAAUAUGACCUUAAAGAAAAACAAGUCUCAUUUGCUCCAACAGACUGCACCAAAUUUUGA